CCACCACCCCGCCCGAGUCCAUCCUUCAUGAAGGGAAGCGGAGCAGCCUGCCGCCGUUCAAACGUGGAGGGAAGGACACGGAGAGGGACGCUCAACGGGGUUAUUGUUAGUCCGGUGAAAUCCCCUGGAAGGACAUCGAAGUGUGAGCUUCUCAACCUUAUAAGCAAGCAGCGACGUCGGCGUCCGCACCUUUUGUAGGAGGGAAUGAAACCGGAUGGGGAUACCAUGGAAACCCCUGAGCCCACCGAAGCUGCAGCUGUAGCUGAGCCCUCCUCGUUGCAGGACAACAUCACAGAGCAAGCCCCGUCGCAACCAGAGGAAGCUGCGAAUGACGCGGCACCCAUGGCUGCUCCGAAGGCCGACUCCAAGCCGGUGGCAGCGGACCCCAAAGUCAAACCGAAAGCUGUUGCGACUAAAAUGCAGCCCGCAGCCAAACCCGCGGGGGCCUCCGGAUCCCGGCCAGGUGCCGCCUCGCACCGCACGGUGAACGGCGUGAAAUCCUCCAACCUUACCUCGGUCGCCGCAGUCAAGAAACCGGCAGCUACAGCGAAAGCCUCGGCGGCGGGGGCCGUACCUAAACGACCGGUGGGCGGAGCAGCCGUUUCCUCCACGGUCAAGAACCAAUCUAGAGUGCCUGACAAGAAGCCCGUUGGACUGGCCAGGACUACCUCUGUUGCUGCAGCCACAGCAACAAAUGGCAGCAAAGCAACAGCAGUGAAUGGCAUUCCUAAGAAGAGACCAGUAGCAGUAGCUGAGACCGUUAACGUAGCUCGACCCAAAACCACAGCUACUGCCAGCAAAGCAGCGGCGUCCACUGCCCCAAAACCCAGCACUUCGACCACUGCAAAAGCUGGUGCUGCCGGCGCUUCAAAGACCACCAGGCCUGCUGCAGGUCCCUCGACAUCUCGACCUUUAUUCACCACAUCCAGGCCCACCACAUCCACAGUCAAGCCCCCCACCAAUGCAACUGUCAAAACCACUGCCUCCAGAGUCACCACAGCACCCUCUACAGGCAGGACCGCAGCGGCACAGCCUCCUAAAGCUGUUGCUGCAAAGAAAGAUGUCAGUCGACCACUUUCUGCGGUGGCAAAGAAACCUGCUACAGCAUCCACUGCUACCAAAAAACCUGAACCAUCUAAACCCACAGCCACCGUGAAGCUCAACUCCACCUCCAAAGGGUCCACGCCCGAGAAGGCAGCAGACCCCAAAAUGCCACAGUCCAAACCUUCGCAACCUGCGAGAUCUACUCCCUCAAAGAAACCUGUAGCGGCUGCUUGGUCCUCCACCCACAACAGGCAGCCCCAUGGUCGAACCCCACCUGCCUCUCCAGUCAACAAACCUGCAAACCGUGGCACCCCUCAGGCGAAACGUGGAACCAAGCCCACUCAGACUGUCCCACCUUUCACUGCUACAAAGAAGACGGGGGUUUCAAAUACUACCAAAGCUGCUGUCGAAGCUCAGAGAGCUGCAGGUGCAACAGGUGCCACAGCAGCGACUGUGCUAGCAGCAUCACAAACCGAGACUACACAGUCUCUCCCACAAGCAUCAUCCCUCGCUGCCUCCGCACCAGAGGACGACCCUCCCCAAGUCUUGGCCCAGGACACCACGCCAGAUGUGGUACCUCAACAGACCGCUCAAAGACAUGCAGCCGCUUGCUCUCCCCCUCAAAGCCCUGUCAGGACAGCCUUACCACAAACAUGUCCAGCCCAGGAGCAGCGAAAGAGCAAUGCUCCCUCACUAACGACGCAGGAGCAGACCCCUGCCCCAGCUGAGCCUGCAUUACCACCAGUGGCCUGUUGUCCUCCAGGUCUAUCCGAGGAGGCUGUUUACCUGUUAACGAACCAAACCCCCUCCCUGUCUCAGACCCUCCUAGCAGCAGUGAAUGCCAUCCCUUUAAUAGUUCCUCACAGCAAUCUAAAUGAGGAGGAUGAUGAAGAGGAGAGGGAAGGAAGCCAGCUGGUUUCCGUGUCUGAAAUGAGUGGAACCACACAGCCCACGGAGGAGUCUCGCCCCGGGUCCGCCGGACCAGUCGGAGGGUCCGCUUGGAGGGCGGGUGGCGCUUUGCUCUCCGAGCUGGACUCCGAGGAGGUGAGUGGCAGCCAGCAGGGCGCGUCUGAGCUGAGUGCCCCCGGUGUCCUGGAGGGCACGGAGAGCAUGGAUGACCUGGGAGACGGCAGUCUGAAAGGAGCCAUCGACAUGGAGGGGGCCUCGGCAGGUUCGCCGGACUUUGAGAAGGUUCCUGACAUACCGGCUAAUGAUGACGACGACUUUGACGACGACGACCGGGUGUGUGACAUGGAUGUGGGCUCAGAGCGGGCGGACGAACCUCCGAGACCCAGGCAUGACAACGACGUUAAUGAUGACGACGAGGAGGAGGAGGUGGAGGAGGAUGAUGAUGAUGAAGAUGUGGAGAUGGCUAGUGAGGGGGUGACAGAGAGUGGGCUGGAAAGCUACGGGAAUGCAGAUGAGGACGACUUCGCUGAGGAUGAAAGGCUGGACAACUUGAACAGAGUGGCCGAGCCCCCGCCCCCCCCUCUGCUGCCCUCCGCCCUGGCUGCUCAGUGGGACCAACCGAACCCCUUUGCUGACCCCUGGGCAAAUCCUCUUCAGUCACAGCAGGACCUCGAGCACGCCUCCCAGCCCACACAGGUGGCAGGAGCGGCUGCAGCAAGCCCCUUGGCAGCCCCCUGGAAAGCGGACCCGGAGACCCCAACUCAGACCCAGGCCCAAGCUUGGCUAGAACUCAGCUCGGGUCCUGUUGAUCCUGAAAACCAAGAAGUUCCCCAUCGCUCCGCUGUCAAAGAGGAGCCCCAAAGUGUAGAGGCCCAGAUGGACAUGGAUCAGUCCAACCCCGCCCUGAUGCAGACCAUGGCACCAGGAAUGUCUCUGUCAAGCACCCUGAGCAGCGAGACCAGCACGCCAGAGGAACUCUGUGACUACAACCGAGACGGGAAGCCGCAGCCUCGAGAUGUGCGCGCGCCGGCUCCUUCCCCACAGCCCGACCUCGACCGGGAAGGAGGAGAGGAAGCAGAGGCCCGGACCCUGCCCGCUGACGAAGUCCUGGGAGGCCCCGCAACGUCCCCCACCUCCAACCCGUCCUCGACCUCGGUAACGGAUGACGAGGCCAGUGACACAGAGGGAGAGGCUCUGCUGGACGACUCUUUGGAGAGUCCUGCGGUCGGCCACAUGACCUUUGACUGCCAGCCUCCAGCCCAGCGCAGCCUGUCCACCGUGGAAGAGGCAGAGGAGGCCACCCAGGGGCAAGCAGAGGGCGGUGCAGGCGAAGACGCCACCCCGCCUUCGGCCACAUCGUUGGCGUCUUACGGCUUCGACACCAUGACCACGGCCUCGAACUCCAACGCCCAGUCCACAGGGGAGAGCUGCAUCAGGAGCCCGGGCAUCUUCUCCCUGGAGGAGCUGCCCGAGGAGGCCAAGGAGCCCUGUCUGAUCCUGCAGCCUCACACACAGGAGCAGCAGUACAUCGAAUGUGGGGAGCAGGAGGCGGAGUCUGCAGAGUGUGUCGGGGAGGAAGUGCCGCGGCCCGUGGAAGCCCUGGACCCUUCGUCAACUCUGAGCACUUUACAGCGAGCAGAGGAGAACCCAGAUGAGAUGCAGCCUCCCUACUAUUCUAUCUGUGAAAAGACUGAGAACUCUUUUGCAGGCUUCGCUGCGCUGCCGCACCCUCACCGCCGCGAUCAUUCGGCUUACCCCAGAAGCUAUUGCGACAUCGUCAAUCCUCACGCCGGCGCCCUAGCCCCGCCCAAGCUCACCUGUGCCGACCUCCCGCCCAGGAGCCCCGGCCAGAAGGCGCUGAGCCCCCAGCUCCGCAGGCUGGAGCAACACCAGAGGCAGCUGCUGGAGAUGCAGCAACGCAGGGAUCAACAGAGCAGGCCGCUGGAGGAGGCCGAGCAGGAGAGGAAGAGGAGGCAGGAGGAGGAGCAGAGGAGGAAGAAAGACGAGGCCGAGGAGGAGAUAAAGAGGAAUGAAGAGGUGCUGGAGAUGAGGAUGCGAGAGCAGGCGGAGGUGACGAAGAAGAAGGAAGAGGAGAAAUUGAGGAAAGAGGAGUAUCGGCAGAGGAGAGACCUUGAGCUGCAGCUGCAGCAGCAACAACAGGAACUGAAGGAGCGACAGCAGAUCAUGCAGUGGCAACAAGAGCUGCAACAGUCGACUAAAGGCCAGACGGCGCUGCUGUCGCCCUCCUCUGGCCUCUGCACCAUCUACGAAGCCCUGGAGACCAGCAACGAAGAGGAGGAAGAGGAGGGAAUAAAGGAGCUCAACCCCACCAAAGGGACGAAAUGGCCCAGGAAAGAGGCGCCGAAUGAAGAGACGGGCGGCUGUGAAAGGGUGACGUCGGACAAAGACGAACGUCGAGACUCUUCGCAGUCCACCGUGAGCCCCCCAUCUCCUCUCCCUGACUCCCCUAAGACAUCCAGCAACCCCUCCCAGGAUGGAGUCAGCUCCUCCCCCGGCCCGCCAGAGUCUCCAGAGCGACCUCCCCCCCUGGACCUGGACUGGGGCAAGAAAGUGGACAUAGUCCAGCAGCUGAUCAAGCAGACCCUGCUGCUGAACCGAGGCGGCUGCUCGUCCCUGCUGCUGCUGCCGGGCGGAGCAGGGGGCACGCUGAGCCCCCUGGAGAGCAGCCUGUGGCCCAGCCUGCUGCCGCCGCUCACGCCCCCCUCCGCCACAGUCACCUCCGUCAGCAGCUUCUCCCCAGAGGCCACCGGGAGCUCCCCGCAGGGAGAGUGGACGGUGGUGGAGCUGGAGACGCAUCACUGAGGAGGAGGAGGAGGAGGAGGAGGAGGAGGGGGGGAUUUCACUCAAAAUAUUGAGCCACACUCAUACAGGGAAGUGACAUGAGUGCUGUCUGUUUGUGUACACACACACACACACACACACACACACACACACACACACACAGCUGAAGAGAGCUUGAAGGGCUGGGCAAUGUUGGGGGGGGGGGGGGGUGGAAUUGCAAUAACUAGAAGAAAUUCUAUCUUUUUCAGAAGAUAAACUAGAUGACUCUGUUGAUGUCCAUCACAUUGUACUGAAUGGUAAAGGGUUGUUUUAGACUCAUUACCAAGUAUUUUAGAAAGCUAGCCUGAGAGAAGGUGAGUGAAAUCCACGAUAGGAGGAAGAAGAUAUUAAAUCCAUUAUAUUUAUAUUCUGCCCGGCUCUGGAGGGACACGCAUAAACUAGUGGUGUUCAGUGGUUCCCAAGCAAAAUGGGGUUUUCAAGCUUUUCUCUAAUCUUUGCUUGUUUAUGUUUUUGUUUGUUUUUUUCUUUUAAACUGCUGAAUUCUUAUGAACUACUGAAUAUAUUUGAUUAUUCAAAUGUAGGAAUCUGAGAUCUGCUCUCAGCCAGCAGACGGAUGCAACGUGUGACACAUGGAGCUUUGCUCGAAGGGGUAAAAAGGUUGGGAAACCACUGCUAUAUAUUUACUUGAGAGAGGCAGCGAUUUCUAACAAGCAUAUACCAUACGAACGCUUGGUGGUGCUGCGGUUCAAUCGUUGGCCGUUUCUCCAAGCGUGCAUGCUGUUUAUUGAUGCAAAAAUAACGGUAAACAACUUUUCUUGCCCUGAAUCGAGACUCUCCGGUAGUGCUCUCCCCCUCAGGCUAACUACCACUCCCAACAGAGUGGAUGGGUUUGAUUUAGGACAAAGAAAGCUGAAGAUUGGAUUAUGGUUGCAGUCGAGCAGGUCCAGCAUCUACAACGAGAGUCUGUACUCAGGGCAAAAGUCUCUGGUGCUGCCGGUGAAUAACUAUAGUUUCGUCUCUGCCACAGAAACACAAGUAGACGAACACAAACGUGACACCGCACUGAAACUCUACACUGACUACUCUAUAUUUCAAUCCUUUAAACCAUGUGACACAGACCGUAUCCCAUGAUGCACCACUGCUACUGACUAACGGGUUGGAACAGGACACUUUUUGGUACACCUCAUCUCUGUGAACGGGUGGACACACACCGACUGUGCCAAAGGGCCGCCAUCAAUGGAAGGUAAACUGACUGAUAGAUUUUUGUUGUUUCCCUUUGUGUUCCUCACCUGUAGCCCUUUUAAUUGAAGCCACAACUGUUUGUUCACACACAUCCUUAUCACCUUUUUAAAAUGAGACUGCACUGGAGAUGUCUUGCUACUGAACAGCGACAAAAGAUUCUGAGAUUGCACUUAAUCCCAUUCAGUCUUGUAAUUUGUGACAAUUUAAAUAUGUUGAUUAUUAAGAGGCUUGAACACGAUGGUUGGUUAUCUCACUUUAGUUCUAACGAGGUCACAUAAAUGUAUGGAUUCAGAGAUGAGGAGGGUCACGUGGUCUGAGUCUGAGCUGUUUGGAUCUGACAGUUCUUUACCAAAGGUCAGCACGACGUGGAAGAGAAGUCGGGCACUCAUGAGCUUUCAGAAAUGUGUGCGUUUUUGUGCGUCGAGAGACUAUUGGUUAAAUGAAAUACUGCUGAAGGCCUUUUUUAUUAUGGUCACUGCUCUGGAGCUGUGUGUGUGUGUGUGUGUGUGUGUGGGGCCUCCCUUAGAUUCUCAUUUUAGAUGAUUUCAGUUGGGGAUUACAGUGCAUUUUUGUGUGUCGAGAGACUAUUGGUUAAAUGAAAUACUGCUGAAGGCCUUUUUUAUUAUGGUCACUGCUCUGGAGCCGUGUGUGUAGCCUCCCUUAGAUUCUCAUUUUAGAUUUCAGUUUGGGAUUACAGACUCAUGAAUAGCACAAGGCCUUCUACACUUGUGCAGAAGGCUACACACACUUUACAUUCAAAAAUGGCGACCACCUCCGGGGUUUAACUGAUGCUGCUGUGAAGGUCAGGGAUCCCUUCGUUGUGCGACAUGAGAGCGGUCGGGUUCAAUACCCGGCUAUGCCGGGUGUUCACUGUGUAUUUGUUGAAACUGGGACGAGCUGCGUGUUGUAAACGGUCGUGUCUGUGCCGUGUGUUGAAGUCGGUCUGUUGUCUGGGUGCUGCGUGUUUGUCAGGUUUAAAGAUGCGGACAUUUCUCAGUAGAUUUCUGAACGUUUCUUGGAACUUUACAUCUAAAUGAGGGGCUCAGUGGCAUACGGGCUGAUUUUUGGGUUAGUAACUGAAUUGGAAGCAGUAUGAAUAUAGCAUCCAGUGCUUUAACCUGGAUUGGCUCCUAGGACAGAGGUUGAUGAUUUAACUCUAAUGGAAGCCCAUGUGUAGCAGCUGAGUAGCAGCUUCCCCGUCCUCCAGGUUAGGACGCUUUAUGCUCACUACGCAUUUUUUUUAAUUUACUUUUUUACGAAGCUGGACUUUUUAAAUGUGCUUUCUUAAACAUGUCCGCGUGGUCUUUUUGUAAAGAUUUAUGUGUACAUUGUUUGAAAAGACUGUUCACUGUAAUGAAAGGAGACUCCACUUUACUUUUGUAUGUUAGAGAUUUAGAAGCAUAGCAGCCCUUUAAGAGUCCGAUAUAGAUUUUUAUUGAAGGAUGUUGGUUGUAAAUGGUAGAUUUGAUCCUUUUGUUGUUAAAUAAAUGACCUUCUUCACGUCCAGUCAGAAUGAACUGAGGAGCUGAAUGAUUACACGGUCAAACUGAACACAGCAGACUGAACUAUGAGUGAACAAACUAUUUGUUACCUUGGCUCAAAGAUGUUACAUCUCACAUUUUAAAUAUUAAUUUAUUGAAAACGAAGUGAGGCCUUUGAGUGCUGAUGUAAAAGGCUUGAUGAACCUGUUGAAGUAACUGGGCGACUCAACCAUGGCAGCUUGUUUUAAAAUGUGAAGUUUUGCAUUUAUUUCAACUCUCUGAAAGACAGAAGUCUGUGUGUAAUUAUUUCAAUGCAAUGUUUCAUGUAAAUAAAAGCUUUUGUUUUUUUAAAUCACGUUUCUGGACUUCUUUACAACACAGCAAAACACUCUUAAUAUGUGGGAACUGUUGGAAAAACGUAACAAAAUAUUUACAAUCUCUUAUAAAAUCUCACUUUUAACACACUGAACAAAAUAAAGUGACACAAUAGUGUGCAGCAAACAUGAAGAGUUAAACAGACUCCUCAGUACACAGCAUGAAACGAUUACUUGACAAUAAAACUUUGCUUUGGAAACCAACAGUGGUCACAGUGCAUUACAGAAACUGCUUUAAAUGUGGAAAAAUGAACGGGCCCUGAAUGAGUCUGGCAGAAAUGAUCACAUAUUUUACAUUUGUCGUGUGAUUUUCAGCUAGGGUGUUUGUGCUCCGACAUCCAGAUGUUCAACCGCAGAGUCUCUCAUAAACUCGGCGACACAUCUGCUCAUCAACUAGCUGUAGAGGACUCCACAGCCCCGCCCUGUGUGAUCUUAACGGGUCCUGUUUCCUUUCGCCUGCUGUUCUUCCUCCCGCCAAAACCACCGGGAACCUCGCGGCCCAGAGACGGGCGUUGUACCUGCGUUCAUACACACCGUCGCUGUCGUCACUCCGCCGUCUGGUGUGACGACAGCAUCUGCUGCAGGCGGACCGUGGCGCUGCUGCUCGACGGCUCGUCGCUGCCCAGGAACAGCAGCCUGCGAUAGUCAGCCUGAGGAACCUCGCACAUGAUCCUGACGGGGGGGCAAAAAAACACAAGAUGUGACUAUUCCAUGUGAGGAAUGUCUUGCUUUGGC